CGGCUCCUCCGCCACAAUGGUCGUCGCGCACACGUCCGCCCUCUCUCUUCCUCUUCUCUUUGCGCUUUUGGGGGCGUUCGACCGAGUGCGUGGGACCGGCGUGGACGCGCUCCUCAACACGUCCACGAAGGGUCUCAAGUCGAACUUUUUCGACGCUUUCGACAUUCUCAACAUCACUGUGGGCGGCAGGCUACAUAAAGCCCUUCCUUUCGAACGGCCCUGCUUUUCUAUCGUCGAGGGAAAGCAUGUGAACGUCUCCGAAGCUGCAUGCGCAGCUCUUCAGGCCAACUAUACGAAUCCUGUCUACCGUGUAGAACACUUCGGGGCUUAUAUGCUUCCCCAGUGGGAAACAUGCCAAGCAUCUAAUUUUACUAACGGGUGUUUGCUUGAUUCAAGCAAUCCUUCCAACCCAUUGGCGUACGAAGGGGUGAACUGCCGGUUAGGCAACGUCCCAACACACUACAUUGACGUGAAAUAUGUUGAGGACGUCCAAGCGGCCCUCGCAUUUUCCGCAUUGACCGGCGUCCGCCUUUCGGUCAAGAAUAAGGGCCACGACUACAAGGGUCGUUCCAGCGGCAAGAAUACUCUCGCGCUUUGGACGACAGGGCUACGGGAUAUCUCUCACGACGACAGCUUCACGCCAGAGGGCUGCUCACUAGAUACAACAUACGAUACCAUUACAACAGGGGCGGGUGUUGUCACGCAAGACGUUUAUGAGUACGCCGAUGGUAUUAACCGCACUAUCAUCGCUGGGUACCAUCAGACCAUCGGCUUCUCCGGUGGCUACUUCCUUGGCGGUGGCCACAGCAUCCUCUCCCCAGUAUAUGGGCUCGCCGCUGACCGUGUGGUCCAAGUGAAGGUCGUGACACCCGACGGCAUAUAUCGUACUGCGAACGAGUGUCAGAACCAGGAACUGUUCUUCGCUCUCCGCGGCGGAGGCGGAUCAGCGUUCGGUGUCGUAAUCGAGUCGACGCACCGGACGGAGCCUAGGUUCCCCGUACAAGCGGCUUCUUUGAAAUUCACGCCGACUGGGACUGAUCUCGCAGACUGGUACAGCUUGUUGGUUAACAACUCGCUGCAGUGGGCGAACGAUGGCUGGGGCGGACACAUUGUCGGCCCAACGCUCCUACACGUAACCCCGCUUCUGAACAACAGCGCUGCGCAGGCUUCGAUGCAGUCUGCAGUCGACUUCGUGAAGGCUCGUAACGGCUCAGUCGUAAUCGAGGAGCUCCCCUCGUACCUCGCGUUCUUUAACAAAUACGUAACUGCUGCCCAAGCCGCCGUCGGCCCCGAGCUCGAGCUUGGCACCCGCCUGCUCCCCUCUUCCUUCUUCUCCACCGACUCCGGCCGCGCACAGCUCUCCGCGUUGAUCAAGGACACCCUCUCCUUCGCGUCGCCGUACAUCGUCGCGGGAACGCCCUGGCUGUACAAGCCUCUCGAUGGAGCUGCGGGCGAGACGUCGGUGACCCCGGCAUGGCGGGAUGCGAUCUGGCAUCUGUCGAUCAAGUGGCAGUUCCAGUAUAACGAUAAGCUAGAAGAGAGGGUCGAGGGGUAUCGAACCCUGAGCGCGCACAUCCAGAAGUUCAGGGAUCUGACGCCGGGGAGCGGAGCGUACUUCAACGAGGGCGAUGUAUACGAGCCGGAUCAUGAGAACUCGUAUUGGGGAGCAGACAACUAUCGAAGGCUCCUUGCGGUCAAACGGAAGUAUGACCCUCUCCAUCUUCUCGACUGUUGGCAAUGUGUCGGAUGGAAGGGCGAAGACGACGACCUCUACCAGUGCCACAUCAAACUCUGAAUUGAGCUUUGGUGCAAGCUUUCUACGUCUCGUUCAGGAUAGUCGUCUAUUACGGCCGCCAUCUGCACCCUCCGCAGAUACCGAAGGCCGCAAAGAGAACAGAAGUCUGUUGCUCGUAGGUAUCUUCUCUCUUAAAUAUAGCCACGUGUUUCUUCCUGUUCGAUCAUGCACGUAUGAUGCUCCGCUCCUCCAUCUUUGUGUUACUUCGUCUGUCCUCCCCUCGUCCCGGGACUCCGUACUCCGUGCUAUUCUGUUUUCAUCUUCGUCGUGUUGUGUUGUUUACAAUGACGUCCUUGCACUGUUUGCCUUCAACCCUUCUUGUCAUUUUCCCUAAGGAUUAGGACAGUGGUAUACGUCGGGUUAUUGUUUAUUCUUAUGUAUACGAUCAACUUUAUCUUGACGGGCGGAGGAAGCUGUUCGUAGCC